AACCCUGAGGACCAGAACCGACCCUCUCCAAACUGAACCCUGAGGACCAGAACCGACCCUCUCCAAACUGAACCCUGAGGACCAGAACCGACCCUCUCACCCUGGAUUCUCCCGGCAGUUCUUCUUCUUCGCCAUGCAUGCCGGGUUUUAGUGUUUCCAUGGAGAUGUCUCAGCUGUACGAAGCUCCGCGCGCCCUGGUGCACCCGCCCCCCCCCUCUCAGAACCCCUACAGGGACCCGGAUGUUAUUGGAGGAGAGAUCGGAGACAACGAGACGUCCAUCGAUCUGAGCGUCUACAUCGAUCCGAGCGCCUUCAACGAUGACUUCCUCGCGGACCUGUUCCACCAGCAGGGGGGCGGCGCGCGGGGCUAUCAGGAGAAACCCGACCCUGCGUACGAGCCGCGCCUGCGUCCGCCCCCCGCCAUCAAACAGGAGCACCGCGAGGACCCCCCCUCCUUCCACCAGUACUCACAGAAACCCCCUCUUCCUCCUCAUGCUCCUCCUCAUCAUCUUCAGCAACAUUAUCUUGAGUAUCAAAUCUCUAAUUGCGCGCAAACUACGAUGCAUUUACAGCAUCCGACGCCCCCCCCGACACCUGCUCCAAGCCCCCACCUUCAUCAUCAUCAUCAUCAUCAUCCCCUUCAUCAGAGGGGGGCGGGGCUUAAGUCCAACAGCAAUAAUAAGAAGCACAUGGAUAAAAGCAGUCCAGAGUACCGCUUGAGGCGCGAGCGCAACAACGUGGCGGUGAGGAAGAGUCGGGACAAGGCGAAGAUCAGGAACAUCGAGACGCAGUCGCGCGUGAUGGAGCUGAGCACCGACAACGAGCGUCUGCGCAGGCGCGUGGAGCACCUGAGCCGCGAGCUGGACACCCUGCGGGGAGUCUUCAGGCAGAUACCUGAGGGGGGGGGGUCGCCAGUAACCUGCGGUAACAUCCAAUCAUCUCCAAUAACAGACUGAGAGGGUUACGGAGCUCUCCUCUGCGUGACUUUCUGUCUCUCACCUGGGGGGGGGGGGUCCAAUCCCCUCCGAUAACAUCCAAUCAUCUCCUUUUACAAGAAGAAGAAACUCUCCCGUGAAGCAGAAAGGACUUUUUACUGGAACACUUCUGUCUCUCCUGAGACUCUGAAACUGAAGCUCUCAGUCCUUGUUUCAUGUCAACAGAUAGAGUGAGUACUCAGAAGCCUUUUGUCCCGCGAGGACGUGGACAAGUCCUCAUUCAAAAUGUUCCUCAAGUCAAAGUAGAAAAGUAUUCUCAUCUAAAUAUAGUGAAAGACAGUAAAAGUAGUCAUUGUGCAGAUUGGUCCAUUUCAGAAUAAUAUAUAUGAUAUGUUUUAUAAUGAUUGAUCAUGAAAGUGUUCUCAAAGCUGGUGAAGGUGCAGCUAGUCUGAAGUACUUUGUAUUCUGCAGGGUAGCUGGUAAAGGUGCAGCUAGUUUGAAGUACUUUGUAUA